AUGUUACAGGACAAAAAAGCGGCGCAGGUCUCUCUCGCUCUCUCUGUAUUGGAGAGCUGGCAUACCUACUCUACAGCCCGGUCUGCACGCGGUUCACGGAUUCGCUGGGGCUGGUGGAUACUUGGGGGGAACAGGCAGGGGCAGCGCCAACUCGGGGCACGUGACGGAUCACCGCGCGCCGGCCUUGGCAUGAAUCUUCACUUUUCGCAGAGUCUCCCCCCACAACAAAACCAGCCAACCCAUACAACUGCCAUUACCGCGUCUGAUCAUCGGAUAGCGGACUAUAUCGUAGCUCUCCAGUCCAACCCAUCCUCGCUUCUUCGCUCGCUGGGACUGUCCGUCACACUCAAACAAUGGACAGAGACCGCGAAAGGGACAGAGACCGAGGCGAUCGAAGGUAUGCAUAGCCCGAACGCAUUGGCGCUGAAUUUCGAAAGGCAGGGCUGUCUCUUGAUUGGCGCACAUAGUGGUUUCUUUGUAGCUGACAAAGGCAACAGAGACGAUAGGUUCUCCAACACGUAUCGCCCUCGCUCUCCUAUACCUCGCGCUCGAUCUCCACGCGGCGACAGCUACCGUGCUGGCCGAUCCCCUCCACGACGCGGCCUCGCUUCUGCUGAUACAUACACGCCCGGCAGUCGUGUAUCCCGUCCUCGAAGCAGGUCGCCCGCAUACAGACGACGGUCGAGGAGCCCACGUCGCGACGACAACUGGAGGGCACGACCACGCUCGCCGCCACGUCGCGCCUUUUCACGAGGACGGGAUGAGCCUAGGAGAGAUGAUUACAGGAGCGAGCGGGCAAGGUCAUCUCGGCGGGAUACGUAUGAUUCUUACACACGCUCGCCACGUCCGCGCGAACGAUCACCACCGCCUCGAGAGCGCGAUGUUUCUCCAGCUCGGAGUCGCGGAGUGCGCUCGCCGGUGAGGUCCAGUCGCUACGAAGAGCCCCGGUCGCGAGUCAAUAGUCCUCCACGCCGCUACUCGCCUGCGCGAGACACUCGCGAUUACCGACGUCGCUCUCCUUCGCCGAGACGCGAGCGUGCCGAGCCUUACGGCGCAGAUACUUGGAGAGCCCGCAGGUCUCCUUCCCCAGCUCGUCCGACCUAUGCGUCUAACGAGGCCUCGGGCAGGGACUCUGCCGCGACCUCACGUCGUUCUUCUCCACCACCCAUUCAUCCAAGCAGAGCGGCUCUCGUGGUCGAGGAGAAGCCUGCCAGGGAGCCUACUUCAGCACCUAGGUCACCUUAUCGAGAGCGAGACAGUGACCGAGGUCGAGACUUAGUGCGUGAGCGUGAGCGCGAGCGAUCACCCCUUCGUCGUAGAGACAGCCCUCCAACUGGACCGCGCGGGGAUAGAGACUUUGCGCCACCAACAGGGCCGUCUUCACAUCGCAACGGUGAUAGCAGUUAUUCUAGAGUCCCUCCCACCGGCCCUUCAAGUCGCAGUUAUGCCUCGCCGGCGAUCUCGCCCCCAGCAGGGCCAUCAAAUCCUACUACGCAAGCACCUCCGGCUUUUCCACGAGGCAGCAAUCCCGUCUUAGCGGCGCCCACCCGUCCACGUGGUGGCGGGCGGGGCUUUGGCUCUUAUGAUGCUCCCCGCGACUUCUCUGGUGCCCCCCCUCGACGCGGAUCCUGGGGUGGGGGCCCUCGUGGCGGUGGCUACUAUGGAGGAGCUCCUUCUGGCCCACGUGGCUCUUCAAGCGGAGCUGCACCCUAUGCGCCUAGUUUCCGUGGCUCGAGCAACUCUACUGCUACUACCUACCCACGAACUAUGCGUUUCCGUGAUCAUCUCGCAGAUCUACCCAAGGAGGUUCCUGGAGGUCAGAAGGCCCCAGAGCUGUAUGACAAGAGUCGGAUUCUAAAGUUGGAGGAGGAGGCUAGGAAAUUGAGGGAGAUGAUUGAGCGAAAGGAGGAUGCAAAGAGGCAGAAGCUCAGGGAGUGGGACAGUCUCGAACGAGAUGCUGAGACAGCCCAAUUAAGGGUUGAUCUUGCAGAGUCCUCACUGCGGAGCCUAAAUGGAGAGGGAGAUAACAGCGGUGCCUUCUAG